UCUCGUGAAAGUCCACACGCAGGAGCGACCCCGCUUGUCCCGGGGUCCCGCGAUCCGCCGCGGGUAAAUCUCAGAGCAGCGCAGUGCGCCCAGUCAACAUCCACGGGACAAUUCUUCAAGAUCUUUCUUCCGUCUUCCAUCCCUGAAGAGUGACAGCGCCCACCCCCCGCAAGGACCCCGUUUCUCUCCGGGAUCUGUGAUCGCCGCUCCUCCCUUCGAUCUCCUCUCCUUCUCCUGUCCGACUCCGCGCCACACCUCUGCGCCACCGCUCAUCUCGAAUUGUCGCCUCCAUCCGCUCGGCUCGCUCACCUCUCCGGCGUCGCCACGAUGCCUGCCAAUGUGCUUCGUCCCUUUUCAUCCUCCUCUUCAUCCUCCUCUACAUUCCCAUCCUCCUCCUCUGCAUCAUCAUCAUCAUCCCGUCCGCCGACGAGGAUGCUGCUGCUGCUGCUUCUGCUGCUGCUGUUGAGCGGUGCGCGUUUCGCCACCGCCGCGGGUUCAUGCCGAGCCCGAGACGCCGCCGCUGCCGCAGCAGCCGCUCUAGACGCCGGGCCGGACGCCGUCGGCCCGCGCUGCUGCCCGGGCCGCGACAACUCGUGCCGCGGCCUCGACGACGACGCGGUGGGGGGUCCGGUCCCGCGAGCCCGCGAGGCGCUCUGCUACUGCGACGCGCACUGCGAGAGGACGGGCGACUGCUGCCCCGACCACGCGCGCGUCUGCCGGGAAAGCGCGGUGGACUGCGCCGUGGGGCCGUGGGGCGCCUGGUCUCCGUGCGACUCCGCGUGCGCCCAGGGCAAGCAGAGCCGCGCCCGUGACGUCCUCGUGCCCCCGAGGAACGGGGGCCGGGGCUGCCGGGACCUGAGGCAGCGGCGCGGCUGCUACAGCCCCCAGGGCAACGCUUGCCGCGGCGCGGAGGAGAUGGCCAGCUUGCUGCCCGAGUUCUACCGGCAGGAGCAGAAGGACCCCUGGAGGAGACCCCACGUGGUGCUCAUGGAGGAGGGACCCAGCCACUGCGUCUACUUUCGCGUGGACCACGUGAGCAGCGGCUGUCAACUCCCGGGUCCGGUGUCGAACCGGGCCCUCUCCUACCCGCCGCCGGGGCAGGCGGCUGCGCUCUGGGCCAAUCGCCUGCGCCGCGGGCACCGCGUGUGCGCCGAGUGCAGGGGAGGGGCGGCGAGGGGCGGGGCUCGCGGGGGGUGUCCGGGGGAGGGGGUGCAUGCGAUCACGACGUUCUGGGAGGCUGCCUGGGUGCCCGGCUGCCGGGGCUCGUGGGUGCGGGAGGAGCGGCGGGAGCGGUGUCGGUGCCGCGGCGAGAGCCACGCGGCUCUGCUCGUGUGACCCCCCCCCGGCCCCCCACCACACACCGGGGGGGCUUGGGAGGGGUGAGGGGGGUCAAGCAACGCGCUCCGGCCUCACCGCGCUGGUCACUCGCCGACGUCUACGUGAGACCCACGUGGCCACGCGCGCGCGCGUGCGUGGCCACGUGAACGCUCGCUGUUGUGUCGCACCGGGAAGAGAUGUACUCUUUGAUUUUUAUUCGGUAAAGUCACGUAGGUAAAUUUUUAAAAAAUAAAUUAAAUAACGACGUUUCGGGCGCAACACAAGCGUCCUUCUUCAGGUGGGGAAAACUUAGCGAAAGCACACCGCUUAGACACACACACUUAGACACACACACUUAGACACACACACUUAGACACACACACUUAGACACACUUAAGCGGUUGUGCUUUCACUAAGUUGUCCCCACCUGAAGGAGGACGCUUGUGUUGUGCCCGAAACGUCGUGAUUAAAUUUAUUUUUAAAAAAUGUACCUACGUGACUUUACCGUAAAAAUCAAAGAGUAUGAAUCAUUGCAGUCACGAAAACUUCAAAUCUAGAAGGGAAGAGAUGUAAAGGCAGCCUCGGCGGGGGGGGGGGCGUGUUGUUACGCAAGCUCUCGCUCAGCCCUGUCCACACCGCCAGCUCAGAGGAACUGGAUGCGUCUGCCAGGAGGUUGUCCACCAAGACCGAGUCGAAAAGUUUAUUUCGAAAAAAAUGUGUCCAUCGCAAUAUUGUCUCGCCUGUCAGGUCUGGUGCUUCUAAACGACAUUCUGGCCACACGUGCAGUUCGUUUGAGCUGGUGGUCUGGAUAAGGCUGCGCGCUCUUGGUGUGUUGUUAAAUCUGUUUCAGGACGGCUUUAAAGUUGUUGGGGUCGUUGUUUUUUGUUGGGUUUUCAGUUACAGAUUUGAAUUAUUGAACCAGGUGUGGGCUGAGCGAGGAAAUUGAGGUCACUGUCCAUUCAUUCUCUCAUCUUGACCCGCAAUGCCCUCUGUGGGACCACGUGUCGCGUGCCUGGGCACACGACCGGCAUCGCUCUUCGUGUCAAUUGUGUUUGGUUUGAAUCGAACCACGCGUGAGACGAGUUGGCUCAGCGAGAUCGUUACUCAUCUCAUCAUCACCACCACCACCACCCACUCACCUUUCACCACCACCCUCCUCCUCACCGCGACCCCGUGCCACAUUCCUCACCACGACGCGAGCGGCGGGUGGCGACUGCGUGGGAUCGAAACAGCGCGUGGUGGGGACGUGGAGUGAGUACAGUGAGGGGACAGGGAGACAGGGAGACA